AUGGCCACUCUCGACCCCCGUAUGAUGUCCGUCCAGCCACGGAUACGGUACAACACGAUUGGCGGCGUGAACGGCCCUCUCGUCAUCCUCGAGAACGUCAAAUUCCCCCGUUUCAAUGAGAUCGUCUCUCUCACGCUGCCUGAUGGUACCGAGCGCUCUGGACAGGUCCUCGAAGCACGAGGUGAUCGCGCCGUCGUCCAGGUUUUCGAAGGCACAUCUGGUAUCGAUGUCAAGAAGACCAAAGUCGAGUUCACAGGGCACAGCUUGAAGCUUGGUGUCUCCGAGGAUAUGCUGGGUCGCAUCUUCGAUGGAUCUGGCAAGGCUAUCGACAAGGGACCCAAGGUACUUGCUGAGGACUACCUGGAUAUCAAUGGUAGCCCUAUCAACCCAUACUCCCGAGUGUACCCCGAGGAAAUGAUCUCUACUGGUAUCUCCGCCAUCGACACCAUGAAUUCGAUUGCUCGUGGCCAAAAGAUUCCCAUCUUUUCCUCGUCUGGUCUUCCUCACAACGAGAUCGCCGCUCAGAUUUGCCGACAGGCUAGUCUGGUCAGUGGACCUACCAAGGUCGAUAAGGGCGUACAUGACGGACAUGCGGACAACUUCUCCAUCGUGUUCGGCGCCAUGGGUGUCAACUUGGAGACGAGCCGUUUCUUUACCAGGGAUUUCGAGGAGAACGGUAGCAUGGAGCGUGUCACCCUGUUCUUGAACUUGGCAAACGACCCUACCAUCGAGCGUAUCAUUACUCCUCGCCUCGCCCUGACCACUGCCGAGUACUACGCUUACCAGCUCGAAAAGCACGUCCUGGUCAUUUUGACUGACUUGUCCUCCUACUGCGAUGCCCUCCGUGAGGUGUCUGCCGCCCGUGAAGAAGUCCCCGGUCGUCGUGGAUACCCCGGCUACAUGUACACGGAUUUGUCUACCAUCUACGAGCGGGCUGGUCGUGUCGAGGGCAGAAACGGCUCUAUCACCCAGAUCCCUAUUCUGACCAUGCCUAACGACGAUAUCACACAUCCCAUUCCCGAUUUGACAGGUUACAUUACCGAAGGCCAGAUCUUCAUUGAUCGUCAGCUGUAUAACAAGGGUAUCUACCCGCCGAUUAACGUCCUGCCCUCUCUCUCUCGUCUCAUGAAGUCUGCCAUUGGCGAGGGCCGAACACGAAAGGACCAUGGCGACGUUUCCAACCAGCUGUACGCCAAGUACGCCAUCGGUCGCGACGCCGCCGCCAUGAAGGCAGUUGUCGGUGAAGAGGCUUUGUCGUCGGAGGAUAAGCUGUCCCUCGAGUUCCUCGAGAAAUUUGAGCGCUCUUUCAUUGCACAGGGUGCGUACGAGUCCCGUAGUAUCUUCGAGUCACUUGACCUCGCGUGGUCCCUGCUCCGUAUUUUCCCCAAGGAGCUCCUCAACCGUAUCCCCGCCAAGGUUCUUGAUCAGUACUAUCAGAGAAGUCGCGGCCAGGGUGACAACAAGAAGACUGCGGCUGCAAAGGAUGCGCGGGACGAUGCCGCCCAGAACGAAGGCCAGAACGGACAACAGGAUGAGAACCUCAUUGAUGUAUAA